AUGACGCCGCCUCCUCUUCCUCCUGCGAACCCCGACGAGCACCAGUACUGGACCGAUCCUAUCCUGUGCGAGGAGACUCGGACCAGACUUGAGCAUUUCCGAAAUCUGGGAUGGCUUCCCCCUAACUACAAGCCCAGGACACUUGAAGGUCUUGCAGUUGUCGAACGAUAUUGUGCACAUUCAAACGAGGACUAUGUGGAAUAUCUACUGUCGGAAGACAAAGCCAUCUAUAUGAACUUUCUUGACUGGAUGUCAAGGACCUCGCGUGCGAAAAGACUUCAGACCUAUGAUGAAUAUUGGCGGCACUUGUGCCAAUACUUUGGCUUGUUUGCCCGCCGGCCUGUAAAUCAUCAUGUUCAUGAGCAGAUGCGACGAUACCUUGAACAAGUUUUUCCUGCAGAGCGCAAGAUCAGUAGGCGCGUGAAAAAGAAGAGCACACUGGACAUAGAUGAUUUCUGCGUCCUUUUACGCCACCACUGGGUCCAUUCUUUUUUCUUCCGUCAUGGGAGCAUGAUUAUCCAGCAAGCUAUGAUCAUGCUCUGGUCCUCCAUCACAGGGAUUCGACCAGAUGUGCUACUUCCACAGCGAGAUGCUACAAAUGAUCCCAAUGCAUCACAAGAUGGCUCGCUUUCGCUCGGCCCAAGGAAGCGCAAGCGGGGUGAUUCGUUUAAGAGUGAUCUUCCUCAACGGAUUUCACCCGACGACCUUCCCAAUACUAUAUGUUACAGGGAUAUCGAGCUCUUUUACCUCAGAAACCCAGGUGAUGGUCGAGACGUUCUCUGUGCCAUCAUUGUAUUUCGUAAUCGUACGGGCCGGCCAGAGGGUGCUGAUGGGACGAAGUUCUUCAUGCAUGGAGAUUAUCAAUUGGCAUACUGUCCAAUUGCUCAAAUUGUGUCACUAGCCUUCCGCGAUGACGCUUUCGAAAAUGAGCUGACCCCAGAGUUGAUCUGGCGGAUUAAGGUUCCGAAGCAUCUGGGAGAGGAUGGAGGAUUUGAGGACAACCUAGGUCAUUACAACUUCCGACGUUGGACUGCAAACGAAGCCAAUCUUAAAGAAAUGCGAUCCCUGGCUGGCACCAUUCAGGACGCUCGAAAUCAUUUCCCUGACCUCUGUCAGAGGCAUGACGAAAUCAGCAGGAAGCUCACCAAGUUAAGGAAGGCCCUACGAGAUAAUACUCGGCAGACUGCCAGAAAAGAUCAUUUCCAUACGGCACCCGUACUAGAAAUCGACAGACAAAUCCAGCAACUCUUGGGUAAAUCUGGUGCAGAAAAUUGUGAUACUGACAGUACCAAGGAUGGCGAUGAAGAUUGGCAGCCUCCCAUCCCGGAUUACGUUUUUCCUGAAAAAGCUCGUCUAGUGGAGUCAUUCUACGGUCCGGAGGGGGAGUGUUUUGACGAGGAUAGACUACUUGCAAAACGUAUCCAAGUUACUGAGGACCUGGUCGCACUCUCGCACCUCUGUGAACCAAAUCGUCGGGGCAAACGAGCCAACUGGGAUGGGGACGAUGAGCAGAGCGAGACAUCUGAGGGAAAAGAAGCCUUCCUGUCAGAAGAGAGAUCCCCGGAGUGCCUCACGGAUGUAUGUAUCAUCUGUUGCGGUAUAUCCCGCCGCUCACCUUCUAAUCCCCAUCCACACAAGUUUUCAUCAAAAAGGAAGGAUUCUCUCCGUCGUCAUCUGAUCGGUCACCUUAUGAACGCACACGACGGAGUACGCUGCACUUGGGAAACUUGCAGCAAACUCCCUACUUUCAUCGAUAUCGUUGAAUUUUUAGCACAUGCCGCCAAUAUUCAUCACUAUGACCUCCAUAUCAAGCUGGAACGUAUUCCCAAGAGACGAAAGCCGUCUUGGGAUGAAACACCGUCUUUCAGCAGCUCCAGCAUGUCGUUAAGUUCGAGCCGAUCGGCCACCGAGACUCCCGCUUCCUCCGUUGAUAUUGAAAUAGGCAUCAGGUAA